UCGACCUUCGAAUGACGCUAAUUAUGCGUAAAUUGAGUUUUAUCAAUUUUCACGAAAACAAAAGAAUUUCUCAACAAACUAUAUAUGUCUUGGUUUGUUUUACCUAUUGGCCUAGCUAAUACUACAAUAUGAGCCAAUUCGAUUUUUUGACUGUUGCCGGUGAAUGUUUGAUUUUUCGUGACAACCUCUCCUAAUUAAAUCAAAAGGGAAAUUUCCUUUCUAAGGCACAUCACGCCACAUUCUUUCUUAAAAACAACAGAAGGACUCGAUUGGAACAUACCUUCAGUCGCCUUCCUAACCCUGAGAGCAAGUUUCAGGAUGAAUUUCGUGAUGUAAUUGCGCAUUUCCGAUUUAUAAAUCAUUACGCUAAUCAGCCUCAUUGUGUGCCGUCAAGAAACUUUUAUUUCAAGAUGUCGAAUUGGGGUACGUCUUUGAAAUUCCGUAUUGCUCGCCAUGCAGGAGACUUCCUCUUCCACCGUCAUAUGUAUCACAAAGCUAUUGAUAUGUACAAAGAGGCUCAAGUCUUGUUAAACAAACUCGAAUUUUGCAAUUACCCUAAAAUGUGCUUGCAUUACCAACUAGCGCGUUCAUACGUUGGUAUAACUGAUUUUAAGGGAGCAUUAGAGAACUAUAAAAGACUUUUACAAGUAAACGAAGAAGUUGGGAAUAAAGACUGGGAAGUGUUAGCGUGCAGCGGCAUCAGUCAAAUGCACCGCUUAAUGGGUCAACCCGUUCCGUCGAUUUUUUUUUUAAGAAAAGUACUUGAAAUUGCAAAAGAAACUGAAGACAAACGAGCAGCAGCAGAAGUUUAUUUAAUAAUGGGUGAUUCUUAUUACAAUCUGGGCAAGUCGGAUAAAUUCAUCGAAUGUCACAACGACGCGCUGAAAAUCUGCAGAGAGAUCGGUGACAGACAAAUGGAAGGACAAAUACUUGCUAUGCUUGGAAGCAAACACAAAAAUCUUGCUCAUUACCAGGAAGCAAUCAAAUGCCUAGAAAAGUCCUUAGAAAUAUUCAGAGAAAUGGGCAGAUGCGAAAACGAGGGAGAAUCAUAUCAAGCUCUCGGGAUGACCUACCAUGAGAUGGGGGAUUUUGGCAAAGCUCUCGAAUACCAUUUCAAGUCUUUAGAGUUGAUGAUGAAACAUGGAGAAGAAGUCGGUCUGGGCGUUUCCUAUAACAACAUUGGUACUACUUAUCAAGCAAUCUGUAAAUACAGCGAAGCACUUGAGUAUUUCAAAAAAACUCAUGAAAUUAUGGGAAAAUGGGGAAAUAAAAUAACAGGAAAAGUUUAUCACGGUCUUGGCUUGUGCUACACUACGCUCGGUCAGUUCGCUGACGCUAUCAAACACCUGAUUAAAGCGGUAGAAAUCCUAGAGGAAACUGGACUCAAAUUUGAAAUGGGCCGAGCCCUCACGGCACUGGGAGGGUCUUACAACACAAUUGGCCAGCAUCACAACGUUGUCGCGCCAUGUUACGUGAGAAUGGAGAAAUUCCCCAUAACUUGCUCGGUAGCAGACUGUUUAUUCAACAAUCAUCUACAUAACAAUGCUAUGGAUAUCUCCAACGAGGCCCAAGUCUUAUCGAGAGGAAGUAAAGUUGAAAAUCGUAGUGACUCUGAAAUUUCGUUUAAUUUUAUAGAAGUGAUGCCUUCAGACCUUUAUUUAUUAAGUGAGAGAUUGGAACGCGCCCGACGACCUCAAAUCAGUGAAGAACAUGGUUGGAAUAGUGAAGCAUUGGAAAGCGACCAACGACCCUUGCAAAUCAACGAAGAAUGUGGCGGGAAAAGCGACUCGGAAGUAACAGCAUACAAAAUAAUCAUUUUAAAGCACCAUCUCUUUCAUCAACACACUUCGGUUAUUUUUUUUUCGAGACAACUACUUCAAAUUGCAAAAGAAAAUGGGGACAAACAGUCGGAGCUACAAGCCUAUUUAGCAAUGGGCUAUUCUUAUUACGUACUGGGGAAACCGGAUGCAUCCAUAGAGUGGCGAAAUAACGCACUGGAAAUUUGCAGAGAGAUGGGUAACAAAAACCUUGAAGGCCAAAUACUUCGUGAGCUUGGUAGCGCAUACAAAGACCUUGCUAAUUACUCAGAGGCAAUCAGAUGUCUAGAGGAGUCUCUGGAAAUAUCUAACAAACUAAGCAAAUUUAAAGUAAAGGGAGAAUCAUACCAAGGUCUUGGAAUGACGUAUCAUGCCAAGGGGGAUUAUGACAAAGCACUAGAAUGUCAUUUCAAUUCAUUAGAACUGAUGACAGAACACGGUGAUGAGGAGGAUGUAGGUGUUUCCUUCCAAAACAUUGGCACUACUUAUACUGCGAUCUCCAAGAACUGUGAAGCACUGGAUUAUUUCAAAAGGUCACUUAAAAUUACGAAAAAAUGUGGAAUAAAAACAACAGCUGAAAUGCAUCACAACCUUGGCGUUUGUUAUUCCUCGUUUGGUCAGUAUGCAAAAGCCAUCGAACACCAAGUUCAAGCUGUAAACAACCUCGAGAAAACUGGAAAAAAUUUGAAAAUAGGUCGAGCCACCACUUUACUGGGAAACUUAUACAUUGCAAUCGGCAACAUAAAGGAGGCGAUGAAUAGUUUUCAGAAAGCCAUUAAGUGUAGUGAGACUACUGGGGACAGGAGAAUUGAAGCAAACGCCUACCGUGGUCUCGGUGUUUGUCUAGCAAGCUUUGAUCAAGGGGAAGAAUAUUUACAAAAAGCCCUUAACAUCACGAAGGAAACUGGGGAUAAAAUCCAAAAGGCCAUGAGUUACUCAGGCCUCGGUUUCUGCUGCAUGAGUUGCGGUCGAUUUACAGAAUCUUUAGACAACUUUGAAAUAGCAAUUUCUAUCAUGCGAGAAAUCGGAGCUGAAAGUGAAUUAUCAGGAACCUUGAUCAAUGCUGGAUCUGCCUACCGAGCUCUUGGAAAGCUGAAGAAAGCAAAGGAGCUCCAUGAGAAAGCCCUCGAGAUAACAAGAAAAAUUGGAGACAAAGGAAAAGAACAGGAGGCUCUCCACUCCUUAGGGAUCUGUUACAGGGAGCUUGGAGAGUUAAAGAGGGCGCAUGAUUGCUUUUCUGAAAGCAUUACUUGUGCUGAAAAGAAUCGCAAACUAUUUAAGGACGAACAUAAACUUUCUCUGGACAACAUUACUUUUGUUAGCUAUGACAGUUUAUGUUCGCUUAGGAUUAGUCAAGGGAAUUUUUCUGAGGCGUUGUGUGCCGCAGAGCGAGGACGUGCACGAGCUCUUGGAGACUUACUGUCCGUGAAAUAUGGUCUCCAAAGAAACAAAUCACAUGAAUUAUACCUGGAAAGUAUCAGCAACCUUUGCAUCAAGAACCAAAGUACGAUCAUCUUCAUGGCCAAGCCUCUUAAAGAUAAAAACAUUCAUAUCUGGGUUUUGCAGGGGGGAGAAAUUCAACUUCAGCCGUCCAACAUUGAAUUAAGAGAAACUAGCAUCAAAGUUUCUUUGAAUUUAUCACAAAAUCAACCAAGGGUCGUAUGCGAAGAUCGCUCACUGUCAGCAUAUUAUAGAAUGCAGCCAUCUCCUCAAGAAACGAAAGAAAAUCGUGAGCAGCGUCGUUUGGAAGAGGCAGAUGAGGAAGAAAAGGACGAUUCAAACCUCUAUGAGUUAUAUAAGAAUUGUUUUGCUCCUGUCGCUGAUCUUGUUCAAUGCAGAGACGUGAUUAUCGCCCCACAAGGCGAUUUAUUUAUGGUGCCAUUUUGCGCAUUACGUAAUAACAACGACAAAUUCCUGUCAGAGACCUUCCGAAUCCGCUUGAUUCCAUCACUGACAGCACUAAGGAUGAUCCAGGAUAGUCCUACAGACUAUCACUGUGCAACUGGGGCACUGAUUGUAGGUAAUCCUUCUGUUCCUUCAAGAACUAAGUUGCCAUCAUUGCCAGGAGCUAGGAGAGAGGCAAUGGAAAUUGCAGGGUUGUUAGGUGUGUCGGCUACUUUAGGAGAUGAAGCCACCAAACGAAACGUCCUCCGACGGAUUCAGGACGUCAGCUUGAUUCACAUUGCUGCCCAUGGUGAUGCAGAAAGAGGAGAAAUCGCUCUUGCCUCGAAUUGUCCUUUUCAAUCUAGAUUAAGGCUAAGGAAGGAAGACUUCAUGCUUACCAUGGAAGACGUCGCAAAAGUUGGUAUCCGAGCCAAGCUGGUUGUACUCAGCUGUUGUCACAGUGGUAAGGGACAGAUUAUGAAAUCUGAGGGAGUUGUGGGUAUCUCUCGCGCGUUUUUGGCAGCCGGAGCUCGCUCAGUGCUGGUUUCCCUCUGGGCCGUGGAUGAUCUCGCCACGAAAGAGUUCAUGAUUCGUUUCUACGGACAUCUGAAGCGUGAUAAACUGAGUGCCAGUGAAGCUCUUCAGCACACCAUAAAGUGGAUGAGAGAAUCCAAGAGAUUCAGAGUGAAGGACUGGGCAGCAUUUGUUUUGAUCGGAGAUGACGUUACUCUGGACUUCUAAAACAUGUUAUACCAUUGAACUGCGCCACAAAGCAGUCAUUGACCACCUGUUAUGGCUUUUUCGAUCUUACUGAUCGUGUACAAAGGUCUUAUCAGUUCAUCAUUUUUAAACUUGACUGAUCGGCGAUGACGUCACUCUGGACUUAGGACAAGCCGUAACUCUGUAGGGAACAACAAAGUAGUCAUAAUCAGGUCCAUAGUUUUGUUUGUGGAUGGCUUACAUAGGCCUUGAUAACAUUUCAGUUUGUGGAUGUUCAGAUUUAUUAACUCAGUGAACAGUGAGACUAAGUAAAAUAAAAAUACAAGUCAGCUUAAGUGUAGGUCUGUGGACGAAAACAUCACGGUACCUCUUUAAACGUAUCAUUAAGAGUUAAAUAAAGGUAAAAUUAAAUAAAUAAUGUUUUCACUUAUCUGUUAAGACUGAGUUGGUAUCGAUUUCACAUCGAGGACUCAAUAAAAACAGGCAUCUUCAUUUGUC